GAAAAUACUGUUCUGUGUGAAAUGCUAGGAAGUCCAGAGGUUCCUCUUUUGACUAAGAAAGGGGAUAUUACUAUUGGAGGAGCUUUUUCUAUCCAUAGCCAAAUCUCAAAGCCUCCGUUCUCCCUGACUCAUACUCCAGAACCUCUCACAUGCUCCAGGAUAAACUUGAGAGAAUUUCGUUUUGCCAAAACAAUGAUUUUUGCCAUAGAAGAGAUCAACAAUAGCAGCACUUUACUGCCUAAUAUUUCAGUUGGUUAUAAGAUAUUCGACAGCUGUGGUUCAACACUGCCUUCAACACGUGCAGUGAUGGGUCUAAUAAAUGGACAGGAAAGGACAGCGGAGAAAACCUGCAGCAGUCAUUCAUCUGUUCAUGUCAUCAUUGGAGCUUCUGAGUCUUCCUCAACCAUUGUGAUGCUACAAAUUUGUGGGACCUUCCAAAUACCAGUAAUCAGCCAUUUUGCCACAUGUGCUUGUCUGAGUAACAGAAAGGAUUACCCUUCAUUCUUCAGAACCAUCCCCAGUGAUUACUAUCAGAGCAGGGCCCUGGCAAAACUGGUAAAAUAUUUUGGAUGGACAUGGGUUGGGGCAGUCAGAAGUGACAAUGAUUAUGGCAACAAUGGGAUGGCAACUUUUAUCACAGCAGCAAGUCAGGAAGGGGUUUGUGUUGAAUAUUCAGAGGCCAUUUCAAGGACUGACUCUAGUGAGGAGGUUGCAAGGGUGAUUGAAGUGAUUCGUAGUGGCAGUGCAAGAGUUUUGAUUGCCUUUCUUGCCCAGGGUGAGAUGGACAUUUUGCUGGAGGAAGCUCUGAAGCAGAACUUGACUGGGUUGCAGUGGAUGGGCAGUGAAUCGUGGAUAACAGCAAGUCAUUUGGCUACAAAGAGGUACUCUGGCAUACUGACAGGGUCUCUGGGCUUCACCAUCAGAAAGGCAAAGAUUGCAGGCCUGCGAGAAUUUCUUUUACAGGUUAACCCAAGUCAGGAUCCUCAGAAUAAUGUGCUAAGAGAGUUCUGGGAAACGGUUUUUGGCUGCAGUUUUCAAUCCAGGCUGCCCGGUCAGAUUCAGUGCUCUGGCUCUGAGAAGUUAGAGGACAUAAACAAUCCUUUUACAGAUGUAUCACAACUAAGGAUAUCUAACAAUGUGUACAAGGCUGUGUAUGCCGUAGCUCAUGCUAUGCAUAACUUGUUAAAUUGUGGUCAAAGUGCUAAAGCCAUAAAUCAGUCAUGUAUAUGGAAGGAUCAUUUAGAGCCAAAAAAGAUUGUGAAACACCUCCAAGAUGUCAAUUUCACUCUUCAGUCGGGAGAAAGAGUAUAUUUUGAUGAAAAUGGAGACCCUUCAGCAACUUAUGAACUUGUGAACUGGCAGAAAAACCAAGCAGGAGAUAUAAUUUUUGUGGCUGUAGGGAGCUAUGAUGCUUCACUACCAAAUGAAAGGCAGCUUGCCAUGAAUGGAAUCAAUAUAACAUGGGUUUCUGAAUCCCAAAUGAAGCCAUUGUCUGUCUGCAGUGAAAGCUGUCCGCCAGGUUUCCGCCAGGCUGCAAUUAAAGGCAAACCCAUCUGCUGUUUCUCCUGUAUUGCCUGUGCUGCUGGAGAGAUUAGUAGCACAAACAAUUCUGCAGUGUGUUUACCAUGUCCGCUGGAGUGCUGGUCGAAUGAAGAUCGCAGCCACUGUGUUCCAAAGGUGAUUGAGUUCCUGUCUUUUGGAGAAACUAUGGGGGGCCUACUCGCCGCUUUCUCAUUGUUUGGAGCAAGUUUAACAUUGGCAGUGUCAUGUGUUUUCUUUCGGUUUCGUCACACACCUCUUGUCAAAGCCAGUAAUUCUGAACUGAGCUUCCUGUUGCUCUUCUCCUUAACUCUGUGUUUCUUGUGUUCUCUGACCUUUAUUGGCGAGCCUACUGAGUGGUCAUGCAUGCUGCGCCACACAGCUUUUGGCGCAAGCUUUGCCUUGUGUAUGUCAUGCAUUUUGGCUAAAACUAUAACAGUGGUGAUUGCCUUUAAGGCUACAAGGCCAGCAAAAACAGUUCCUCAGUGUUCUGCUGCACUUCAGAGAACAAGUGUGCUCAGCUGUACUUUACUCCAGCUGCUGAUUUGUGUGCUGUGGUUAAUUUUUGCUCCACCAUUCCCCUACAAAAACACAGUCCAUGCCACUGAAAAGAUUAUAUUAGAGUGUAAUUUAGGUUCACCUUUAGGAUUCUGGGCUGUUUUAGGAUAUAUAGGACUUCUCAGUUUGCUAUGCUUUAUCCUUGCUUUUCUGUCUCGGAAGCUGCCUGAUAAUUUUAAUGAGGCCAAAUUCAUCACCUUCAGUAUGUUGAUAUUCUGUGCAGUCUGGGUCACUUUUAUCCCAGCAUAUGUCAGCUCUCCUGGCAAGUUUACUGUAGCUGUAGAGAUAUUUGCUAUUCUGGCCUCAAGCUUUGGGUUAUUUUUCAGUAUAUUUGCUCCAAAAUGUUAUAUUUUAUUAGUGAAACCCGAAAGAAAUACAAAAAGACAUAUGAUGGGGAGAAACCAUUAA